AAAACUAUCGGAAUGUUAUCCGUGACGCCGCCCUCCCCUCAUUGAAUAGAUUUUUCAGUCAUAGUUUUAUUUUAUUAUUAUAUUUUUAUUGUAAACAAGAAUUUAAAUAUGAUAUCAUUAACAAGUAUUGCACUAUAUGCAUGCGCCUAAAUUCAAUUAAUUACAACAUGGCGGCUCUGGAACAACCCGACCUGUUGUUUUUCGACACAUUUUCACACGACACCAGUGAGGAGCUGAAUUUAGACCUCGUCCAGUUCCCAAAAUCUGUGUUUGUGCGAGAGAUUCGUAUAAUUCCGUUGGGUGCAAGAGUUGAGGGGGAUUUUCCUGGCGGUGUUCGCUUGGGGGCGACAAAUCCAACAAAGUUCCACAUAGAUUUCUUCGUAAAUGACUUGAGCAAACCUGGUGCGUCGACGUUCGAGGCUCUUGGCAGUAUAGAUUAUUGUCAGAAUGGCCAGAUUCACAUGGAAUGUGGAAACGGACACGAUCAACCACGGAUACCUACUGACGGCUUAGUGCUUAGAGGAUGGUACACAACUAUCACAUUGGCUGUUUACGGGACCCUAACGCAAAUCAUACCAGAGUCUCCAGUUGGCUCCAAUCCUCCACCAAACAUACAAAGACCUUCAAUCGCUCGAGAGGUCGCACCGGUGCAAACGACGAAUAUACCACAACAGGGUGAUUGGAACCAGGAGGGUUCCAAUCCAAUCCCGUCUUAUACUGGCAAUGUUGCAUCAAGCAAUCCUGACUCGUAUGGUCCAAAUAAUUAUCCUCCAGAUAAUUAUGACAAUCAGAUGUACCGAAAUGAGUAUUAUGACAACGAGCCGCCAAAAGAUCCAAGGUCAUAUCAUCAUAUGGAUGAUAAUGAAUGGGAAAAAGAUCGCGGGGAUAUUAGCUGUGAAAGAGAUGGUGAUCGUUUAAGACAUAGUCCUCGCUCGAUUGAUCAUGAUAGGGAUAGGGACAGAAGAGAUGGGAGAAGCCGGAGACGAUCUCUCGACCGAGGGCGAAGUCGCGAAUCUUCUAGGCACCGUGAUCGCAGUAGGGAACUGGACAGAAUGGAACGCCUCCACUCAAGAUCUCGUAGUAGGGAUAGAGACUUUGUGGUCAAAGGAGAGUACCGCCCACUCAGCCGAUCAAGAUCUCGUAGCAUCGAUAGAGAUAGGAUGAGAGGUGUGUCUGCAGAUCGUGAUUGGGACAGAGGUCCAUAUAAGAAGGAUGAAUACCGACGUCAUCGUGACAUUUCUUAUGAUCGGUCACGUGGUGGGUCUUAUGAGAAAGAUUCCGGAUCCUACGAACGCAGAUCACCAUACGACAAGAGGGCACCAUCUUAUGAAAGAAAGAUGGCUUAUGAGAAACGUGGGCCGUCGUAUGAAAAGAGAUUGUCACCUUAUGACAAGCGUGGAUCCUCUUACGAACGACGGGCGCCUUCUUACGAAAAACAAACCUCAUAUGACAGGAAAAGACAUUCUUCUCCUUACGGUAGAAUGAGAGGAUCUAGUUAUGGGAGUAGAUCACCAAGUCGAGAUGAUAUCAGGAAAAAGCCUCGAACUCCACCAGGAGAGAUUAGUCGACGACCUUUGUCUCCCAGAGAAGGGGAUGUUUCAAGCCCUAUUAAUUCAAUCAGAUCCGAAGAUGGCGGCGAAUAUGAUAGAAGCAGUAAACAGAUACCUCGAGUGGAGUUCUACCAUCAAAAUUACAGACACAAAAGUUCUAUUAGAAGCCCAUCACAAGAAGUGGAAAAUCCUCCUUACGUUGAACAACAACACUCCAGUCUGGUCACUGUUCCAAUUGUGGAUAACGCAUCUGUUCCGAAGAUAAUUGAAUCGCCAAUCCGUAAUCUCGAUGAAGAUAGAUCUAUGGAUGCAGAGCAAUUUGAACCAAUCUUGUCUGACGAAGAUAUUUGUGAUGAUAGUGAAGUACCUUAUAUAGAAGAAGAAAUGUAUGAUGUAAAUGAUUAUUGUGGUGCUGACGACAUUAUAAAAUAUUAUAAUCCAUUCAAAGAUGAUUGGAAUAGGUAUGAGUACAUAAAUAAAAUUCAGUUGCUUGCAGUAAAAAAGAAUGAAGAUUCCAAGGAUGUUCUGAAUGCUACUUUCAGUGAUCUGUGUGAUGCUAGCCCUGAUUUAUUCAAGAUAUGGGAUAUAACCAAAACAGCUAAAAAGAGGGAGCAAAAGUUUUUCUCUAACACAUUUACAGAGAUCGAUAACGCGUCCAGGGAAGAGUGGGUGCACCAAUGCGAGAAAUUGUUUUUACCUUUAACAAAUCUCUGCAAAAAUACUGAUAUUAUAUUAAGAAUUUUUCAGAAUUCUAACAAGGAUGACAAUGAGUUUGUUGAUGUUUAUAAUUUACUACUUACAUUCUGUAAAAUUGGCUUGAAUUUUGAUUUUGCUUUAGCACAACAACAGCCCACAUACAAAAUAAGACACAUGAAAUGCGGUAUUCGUUUGGCCGAAGCUCUAAUGUCACAUAAACAUAAUGAUCAAGUUAUUAAAAUCCUGCUAAAUAUGGGGAUAGAUAUGCCGAUGUUAUUGCUUGAUAUAUAUUCAAAAGAAUAUAUGGCUUUGAGUAUUAGACUCAUGAUUCUAAAAGCAUUGAAUGCUUGCUUGUCAUCUAAAGAGUCAGUUGAACAUUUCAUGCAGAAAGCUGUUUUCCCUAAAUUUGAUAAAAAUGAAAGUGACAAUGAUAGAAAACCGAAAAAUGGAUAUCAGGCUCUUAUAUCUAUAAUGCAGACUAAUCCUUCAGCGCGGAUCAAAUUCUCAAUCAGUGCAUUGAUAAAAAAACUUAAUAUGUACGAGUUACUGGGAAAACUUCAUGAUUUAGUUCUGAACUUUAACAAGAAAGCCGCAGAAAAUAACCAGAACGAAGAUGCAGAACUUACCGAGAAUGAUACAGAAUUUAUUAUUAACGCACUGGAAGAGAUUCUUUAUAUGUAUCGUACGCAGUGUUUUCAUAUAUCGCAGCCGAAGCGGUUCCUCCCAGCUUCUGCGCAAUUCGAUAUUAAUAAAGAGUGCUCAAAUGAAAUUCUUCUCGAAUUUUUCAAUAUACACCAUAUAUUAGAAGUGUGCCUCUAUUUACUGACUUGUCCAACAACUUGCAACAACUUAGUGGUCAUAAGUCCCAUCCACGACUUGAUAUACGAAUUAGUCAAUUCUCACAAUGGUCUUAACUUUUUGUAUGAAAAUAUGAAAAUGAGCGAACUUCUUUUUAAGACUUUAGCACAACCUUAUGGCCAACAAAACGCUGACGAGUUUAUUUAUCCACAUGAUUUAAGCAAUUACAGCGAUUUACAAAUAUUGGGUCUAGAAAUGGCUUAUAGACUAAAAGCCUUAUAUUAUUUGCAAUCCAUCUGUGACUUGCAGGCUGGGAAAACAGAUGAGAAUGAAUUAAUAGAUAGAUUGCAAUCAUUAUACUGUCUUAGCUUUGGGAGCAUUGGAAAGACUGCUGUACCUGAUGUUAUCGUUAUGGAAGACAAUGCUGAAUGUCUUAUGGAAGUUUUUGAAAACGAUAUGAAGGCAAAGAAUAAGAACGAAUCACAACUUAAACAAAAGUCUCCAGCUAAAGCUUACGCUAUUGAACUCAUUGUAUCGGUGGUACGCUUCUCAGCAAAUGUUCCAUUUUUAAAAAAAUAUGGGCAACGACUCCUAUGCGUAUCGAAAGAACAUGACAGAUUUGAGCCCAGUGUAUCAAGCGUUUUGCAGGAAGUGGUCCCUUAUUUGAAACCGAUAGAAAAAUUGAGUCUUCUGUCAGGUGAUGACAUGGCUGAAUGUGUUGAGAUCUUGAAAACCAGUCUGGAACACACGCCAGACUUACCUGGAGAGCUUAUGACUUGCUUGAGAAUCCUGCGUCAUUUUUCUAUAUCGGAUUAUGACAACAAUUUAACAGUCAACUGUGAAUCUGCCACUGAAGAAUACAUCGAGCUUAAAUACAAGUAUAAUGUUCUACAACUCUUCUCACUAGAUGGUGUUGCACAUUUAGCUGCUAUAUUAGACCGCUUGGCAGUGCAUUUCGAACAACCAAACAUGCAUACGUCGUUCUUUGCUUCUGCAAAAGGUUUGCAGCUAGCGCAAAUAAUGCUUCCUUGUCUAAGACUUUUAGACGAAAUGUUGGCUAGAGUAGUUCGUUGUCGUGGCCCAAGAUUUCGAGAUCUUACCGCAGCACCCAUAUUAUUAAAGAGUUAUGGUAUUGCAAAAGCAUAUCCAGUAGGAUCUGUAGGCUACAGAACUGCGGCGAAGGCCGCUGAAGCUGCUGUUCGAGCACUACUUGCUUACGCUCAACCUAUUGCAGAUGAUGCAAACGAUGGAGAUUCUAUACGGCGCGGUCCGUGGACAUCCCUUUGCUCUGAAGUGAUAUCGUACACUAUGACUGCGCCAUACACAUUCGUUCCUGGUCUUCUUGUGUUCUCCGAACUCUUACCGUUACCUUUACCAAUGCAAUCGAAAACCCCACCAACUGAAAGAGAGUUGGCUGAUGCCUCAAACGAAAGACGUCUAUGGUCGGCCCAUUUGCACGCUUUAGGGAACGAUUUGACAGAUAUGAUCCAGAUAAUAUGUAUGUCAACUUAUAGACCAGUUGUCCAUAUGUUACGAAGAGUUUGUGUACAGAUAGCCGAUUUAGCGCCGAAUACUGCUGCUAUUGUCGCUAAAGCUGCUGUUGGUGCAGUAACAAGGGAAUUGAAACCAGGCGAACCAGCGACAGCGAGUUGCGCCAGAGUGCUUGGUUUUCUAGCAUGUUUAGUUUCACACGCGCCUGUGAAGUGUGCUGUUUUGCAUACAAUGAACAAUGGUGGUCCUCGUUCUGCCGAUGUUCAAACUGCUCUCUGUGGAGUGCUCAGUUUAGUUAAUGCAUGCAACGAGCACGCAGCCGCUCAAGAGUUUGCUGCACAUGCAUUGGCUGCUUUCUGUGAUGCGGAAAUUACUCUUACGCCGUUAAGCGCGGCUACCGAUGUACUCCUUGCGAAUUCUUUGCCGAAUAAAGACGCCUUAGCGUCAUUUUUGGAUUCUACGGCAAAUUGUUUGGAAUCUACAAGCAAAACGUGUGCAGUGGCUUCUUCAAUAUUACGUGCAUACUUCGUGCUAACAGAACAUGAGUAUGGUUUCCAACAGUUCAGAAAAUUUGUGACCAAAAGGAGAGAAUCUCUUGGAAACUAUUUCAAAUGGGCCCUGGAAGGUCCAGGGGAGGAUAAAGCUGAAUGCUUGAGCUUGUAUAUAGACCUGAUCAGGAUCUUGAAAGUGGAGGAAGGUGAAGGUCCUGUAGGAAGAAAAUCGGCGUUGACAGUGAAUGAACUGGCAGAUAUGGUGGGUUACUCACCAUCAGAAGAAAAUCAUCCUGCUAUGAACUUAGAGAAGAUAUUGAGGGAUAGAAACGCGGACGAUGACGCUUUAGCAAACGCCAGUUUCCUCACCACUCAUCUGCAAAAGUUCAAAGUCACCGAGGAACCGGGAACACCUCCCACUGAUCCUGCAGAGUCGGUUCUACCACCACCGGACACACUGGUGGCGCAGUUCGCGGCCAGGAUCAUAUAUUCCAUAGGGGAAGCGAACGACGAGCGGCUGACGUCCAGCUACUGGCUCAACGUGCCGUCAGCUAGUGGAGACGACGAUGUCAAUGACAACGAACUGGUGUCGUGCGACAUUGUGGAGAUAGCGUCGGCGUACCUGUCGGGCGGCGUGGGCGGCGCGGGCGGCGCGGCGGGCGGCGCGGAGGCGCUGGCGGGCGCCGUGCGCCGCCUGGCCGGCUGCGGCGCCCGCCCGCCGCCGCCGCCGCGCGACCAGCGCCCGCCGGGCGCGGUGGCGAUGUCGCGCGUACGCGGCGAGGGCGGCGCGGACGCGUUCCGGUCGCGGCCGCCCAACACGUCGCGGCCGCCGUCGCUGCACGUGGACGACUUCACGGCGCUGCACCACGCGCCGCACCACGCGCACCACCACCACGCGCACCACCAGCCAUACGCCGCGCCCGCCGCCGCGCUGCUCACCAGAGGGCCGAGGAGAGGCGGCGGCGCGGUCGGCGCGAGCGGCGCGGGCGGCGUGGGCGGCGCGGCCGGCGCCGGCGCGGCCGAGCGCGGCCGCUUCGUGGCGCCCGCGCCUCACUACCGCCACCUCCGUGGGCGGGGCGCGUGGGAGAUGGGCGGUCAGCAUUUCGGACACUUCGCCCCCACGUCGCAGUAUAUGAUGGGCGGCAUGGGCUGGGGCGGGGCACGAAUGCAGCGUGGCCCCCGGCAUCGUUCCUUCAUGCGAUAACUACAUUCACUCCAGAGACAAGGUCCUAAACUAUACGCAAGGAGAGAUUUAGAAGCUCGCCUGUUGAGCGUAAAUUAGCAAUGUAAUGUAUGAAUCCAAUUUGUCUUAAUAAAUGUUAGAUUGCA